AUGGCAGGCACUGCAAUCAAACCUAACAGCGGCGCAACAGUUGCCGACACUGUGGCCAUGGGGAGUACCCAGGAAUCCCAGGCAGAUUGGCUGGAAAAGCAGGGUAUUAAUCGGGAUCAGCGUAUCAAACUGACGAAGCUAUCCCAUAUACGAUACCAGCACCCUGAUCUGGAGGUGGUCCACCAGUUCCUGCUGGACUUUGGACUGCAAGUCGCCCUGCGAACCGACGAGGAGGCUUGGUAUAAGGGAUACGGGCCUGAUCAGUACGUGUACUAUGCACGAAAGGGUCCGCGAAGGUUCCUCGGUGGUGUCUUUGAGGCUGCAAGCAGGGGCGACUUUGAACGAGUAUCCAAGCUUCCCAGUGCGGGUCCAGUGGAAGAGCUAGGUAAAGCACCUGGUGGUGGACGUCUAGUCACUUUCACAGAUCCAGAGGGUUCCCUCUGCAAUGUCAUCUAUGGACAGGAAGCAGUGGGCCCCGACCCAUCAUACUGCCCUGAGAAGAUGGUACCGAACUACCCAGAUAAGAAGCCUCGAAUUCGACAGUUUAGUCGAUUUCACCCCGGCCCGGCUGCUGUCUACAAGCUGGGCCAUUUCGGGCUAUGCACGCAAAAGCUCGAGGAGCAGCUCGAAUUCUACACUUCAAACUUCAACAUAGUUCCCACGGACUUCGUUUACAUAGAACAGGAUGGCCACCGAGUUCCCGUUACAACAUUCAUGCACUUCGAUCUGGGCUCGACGCCUGUUGACCACCACGCGUUCUUCCUUAGUGCUAACCCCAAGGCAGCACAUGUGCACCACAGCUCCUAUGAAGUCCUCGAUUAUGACGUCCAGCAGCUGGGCCAUCAGUGGCUGGUGGAAAAAGGAUAUCGUCCGAGCUGGGGUAUCGGCCGCCAUGUGCUUGGGUCUCAGAUCUUUGAUUACUGGUGGGAUGUCUCUGGGAAUAUGGUUGAGCAUUAUGCUGAUGGUGAUUUGGUUAAUGAGGAUACGCCUAUUGGAUAUGUGCCGGCUGGCGAAGAGUCUCUGUCUAUCUGGGGUCCGAAGGUUCCUGAGGAGUUUCUGGCAUAG